CUCUCAGACAGGAUCCACUUCGUUCAAGAAUCUUCUUAACGCCCGUAGACCAUGUUCGUGUUUGCUGCAUGUCUCGAGCGAAAAAGACAUGAUGGCAGUCAAAUCACAUGAUCCAAAUCUUGGCACUUUGCGGCGAUCGGGAGAGACAGAUGGAAUUCGGAACUGGAGCAGCAAUAAUUCUUGUCGCGGGCUCGAGUUGCAGCAGUCAUGUCAAAGGCAAUCAACUCGCCUACGGGCAGGCUACUACGUAAUUCGCGCCUCUUCUCUCUACCGAUCCCUCUCCCUGCUGCUCCCGUCGCCAGCUCGACGGCCGGUCAAAUCCUGCGCACCUCGGACACGGCGACACAACCCUAUCCCACCCACCAGGCCAUCACAGCUCCUGCCUCGUCAAGAUCGCGUGGUGACUGGGGUCUAAAGCGUCCUCUUCCCGACAGAGCCAUCCCCAAGAACUACCCGCAUCUCCGCAUCAAGGCCAUCGACACUCUCGAGCACAUUACCGACUUCGAAUCCGCCGCCGAUCACACCCAGUCGCUCGCAAAAUGGCAGGAAAUGAACAUUCCGCUCUCUCUGCCGCCGAAUAGCCGCAACCACAUUGUCUCUACAUCUCACAAGUCCCGCCCCAACGCCUUCUCCGAAGCCUACGACAACACCACACUGCUACCCAACGGCAGUGAGCAGACGACCUUCACCGCCGAGCGCGCUCUCCGCGAGAGACGCCGCCAGACUGGUGGCCUUGCACGAUGGAAGACUCAGGGUCCUCACCUCACCAGCUUGACCGAGGAGGAGUUUGAGCGCUACCUGUUCAACCUGGUCCGCCAACACAAGCAAGAAUUCCGCAAGUUCUUGGCCGCUGUCAAGCUCGACAAGAACCGCAACGACCAAAAGGCGACAAUGCGUGACCAUGCCGACCCCGCUACCUUUGACAUUGAGUUGGAACAUCGCGCGCGUCUGGACAAGUACGAGUUGGAUGACUGGAUCAAGGAGCUGCGCGACAAUCAACACGACACCAGCAGUGAGCUUGCCACUCUGGUCCGUGAGUUCUUCGACCUGCCUGCAUUCUCCAGGGCUGGCCCCAGGUCUUCCACUUUCCAAAGCACAAAGACGCCGGACCAGAGUCUUGCCGAAGCUGUGGCUGUCGGAAACAGAAGCGACGCCGCACCCCCCUCAACUCAUCCUUCAGCUGGUCUCUCUUACUUGCAGAGCAGCGCAAUCGUCAACAACCACCCAAUCUACGGUCCUCAGGCUGAUCGCGAACCCGUGCAAGCCCGUGUUCUCAAGCCAAAGGACAGUAAUCGCAACAGAGACAACAGAGCCGACGUCGGUCUCGGAGGUUUCGUCACGACUUACCAGCCUGGCAGCGUAUUCGCUGGUUCCCGCUUCAAGGCUUCUCAACAGCCAGCCAAGGAUCCUCUCCACACGCUUGACCUUUCUGUCACUGGCGGCAACAAAGUCUGGCUGCAACCUAGAUAUGCCUAUGUUGAUGACGCUGGUCGUAUCAGACUCGAUGUGGGAGAAGCUAGCAAGCACUCGGUCGACAUCAAGGCUGGUAACGCAAUUCAAGAAGAAAAGCCCGUCUACUCUGUUGCGCCUGGCAGACAACAAGAACGCCUCGAUAGUGGCUUUGGCAGUGCAAACUAUGGUAGAGCUCUGCCAGACGAGAGACUGCGUCAACCAGCGCGAGCUCAACCUUUUGAGCGUACGGGUGAAGACUACAAGGCUGGCCUGGAGCAGAUUGAGGCUUUGGCUAGAGGCACUGGACAGCAGCAGUCAUGAGACGAGUGACAUGAGAAGACU